CGCAAGUUUAGUUGAGCUAACAACAAAUUGCUGCUCCUACUACACCCACAACCGUCCAGCUCUUAAAUGAUUCCGGCGACACUUUAAUGUUGGUUUCGUCGACCUAUGAAGGCGUUCCUAGCGUGAUUAAGAGUGGUGCAUCGCCCUCUGAAUUCCCGCAGGAUACAGAGCUCAAUGUUAUCGCAUCUGUUGUGUACGCUAUCGGAAAUAUAGCCACGCUGGUCGUUGUUUGGACGGUUAAUAACGAAGUGGCUGCCUCGAUCCUUCCUGCUGGUACCAGUAUUAUUUGGAAAGAUAUCUGGAACAAACUUCAACGCGACUUCUCCAUUGAUUCGUACUGCACCAGCUACGGUUGGCAAUACAAUUCAACGUUAGAAAUCAAAUCAGAUGGUGAUGCUCAAACCUUAAGUGUCAUACUAUUCUACUCUUAACCGGUUCCAAAUUAAGCUAGCCUUGUUGUGCUUUAUUACUCUUCUAGGCAAUAUGUGGUGCGAUGGUGAGGCUGUCAAAACUAAAUAAAAUACAACUUGUUUACACCGUGCACUACUACUAUUUGAAUAAA